CGCGUGUUCCCCUGCGUUCCCGUCCCGUUCGUUCUAAUUAAUGCCCAAGAGCAUUUGACCCCCUUAACCUCCGUUUUCUUUCUUGACCCCAGAUCUUCAACAACGCUUCCCCUAGAGCCAGAUCACCGCGUCCGCAGACAACGAAGCGUGAAGGACCGCAGCUACGACUCGAUCAACCCAUCACUACCUUCUACCUCGUCGAAGUCGCGAGGCCGUUCAUACACGAUUCUCCCCGUUACCGAAUCUCGGCGCAUUCGCAAGCUCUACGGCUGCAUCCCGCGCCAAACCCGUUGAAGCCAGCUUGCUUCCACUGCCAACUUGACAUACCGUCUAGACAAUUGUACAUCAAGCGCCAUCAUGUCGGACAAGAAGAACGAGGAUUACGAGCUCCGCCCCUCCGAGUCAUUUGGAGAGAAGGAUGGCUUUCUGGCUCGGCCUCCUCCAAGGCCGCGUCCUACUCUGGGAUCGCCAAUCAGCAAGAUUGACAACAGUCCCGGCGCUGCCAUUCUCGCCUACUGCUUCUCUUCCAUCAGCAUGACAGUCGUCAACAAAUAUGUUGUUUCAGGCCAGUUCUGGAACCUCAACUUUCUUUACCUUGCUGUCCAGUCCAUCGUGUGCAUCCUUACCAUUAUCGUGUGCAAGAACCUCGGAAUGAUUACGAACCUGGCGCCAUUCGACACUGACAAGGCAAAGAAAUGGUUCCCUAUCGCACUCCUCCUGGUUGGCAUGAUUUACACGGGCACCAAGGCCUUGCAAUUUCUCUCUGUGCCGGUAUACACCAUCUUCAAGAACUUGACCAUCAUCGUCAUCGCGUACGGCGAGGUUUUGUGGUUCGGCGGCAGUGUUAGCCCUCUUGCCCUUCUCUCUUUUGGCCUGAUGGUCCUCAGCUCCGUUGUUGCCGCCUGGGCUGAUGUCCAGCAUGCUCUUGGAGGUGGCUCGCAGUCUGCCGAAGCCUCUGCCGCCGUUUCGACCUUGAACGCUGGGUACGCGUGGAUGGGCAUGAACGUUUGCUGCACUGCGGCCUAUGUGCUGGGCAUGCGCAAAGUUAUCAAGAAGAUGAACUUCAAGGACUGGGACACCAUGUUCUACAACAACCUUUUGACGAUUCCCGUCCUAAUCGUUUGCACAUUCCUUGCCGAGGACUGGUCUUCGGCAAACAUCGAGAAGAACUUCCCCGUCGAGUCGCGCAACAGCCUGUUUGUCGGCAUGAUCUACUCGGGACUCUGCGCCAUUUUCAUAUCCUACUGCUCUGCAUGGUGCAUUCGUGUGACCUCGUCAACGACGUACUCCGUGGUUGGCGCGCUCAACAAGCUUCCCAUCGCCAUCAGUGGUCUGGUCUUCUUCGACGCCCCUGUCACAUUUGGCAGUGUGUCGGCUAUUGUUGUUGGCUUCAUCAGCGGUAUUGUCUACGCGUGGGCAAGGAUUCGUCAGACGGAGGCUUCCAAGAUGUCAUUGCCGACGACACAACCCAUGAGCGCGAGCUCGCAAAGCAAUAGGGAUGCAAACAAGUAGUGGCUGCUAGUAUGGAAAGGUUGCCGGAAUAGAGGCAAGUUUUGGGCGCAGCUUGUCCACGUGAGAACCUUGUGUUGGUGGCACGCUGAUGACGGCCGUCAUCUAUCCCAUUUUGGACAGCCGUGUGGGAGUGAUGGCCGAGGGCGCAAUACAAUUCGAACUCGGCCAGGUUCGGCUUCGCUCUGCUCUUGAGAUCAGAAUAGACAAGAAAACCUGUGCCACGAUGCAUGCUUCAGCCUUUGGGAUGUGGGCGGAAGAGCGGAAAAAGGAGAAGCACGAGAUGAUAAGAUACGAAAAGGCGCGUUAGAAUACUGCAACAUUUCGUUUGCUGACGAAAUGAAUGUGGAACGAUAGCACAGUACUAUGGAGUAUGUAGCAAUGUUGUAAUGCCAUGACACUGAUUCCACAC